CUUUUUUUUUCUCUGUAAUUGUUGAUUUUGUUUUUAUUUUCUUGGGUUGAUUUUUUUUAUUGGUAUACAUGUAUCAAUUCUCCUCUUUUCCCCAAUUUUUGGCAAGAGGAAAAACAUUUCUUCAUCCCCUUUAAAUAUAAGUUCUUGUAACCGACUUAUUUACUUAGAACUUUCGAUUUUUGUAUAAAAGUUUUUCUAUGCACAAUUGUUCACAAACAAGACAAUAAAAAAAUUGGAAGGUCGUAAUUUAAUAGUACUAUAAGCUAUUUUAAUAAGGUAUUUGAUUAUCAUUUUCAUUGUUAUUCUUUUUAUAUAUUUUUGUUUUUUUUUUUUUAUGAUUUUAAUCUUGAUUAAUGCUUGUUUAUGAGGUAGGAAUUAAUAUUAUGUUUAUGGUAAUUUUUUUUUUCAUAUAGAUCUCUUGAGCUUGGGUUUGUUGCUGUUUACUCAUUUUGAGGUUGAAUUUGUACUUUUAUAUGAAUUUGUGUUAAUAGAUUUUUUUUUUCAUAAAUUGUUCUUUAAUGGAGUUGAAUAUCUUGUCUCUUCAAUGAUUUUAGGUUAAAAUAUUUUAAUUUCAGCAAUUAUAAAUAAUUAUAUUUCGUGGGCUAAUAAAAUUGUGUAUGUUUGACUUGGAGAUUCGCUCAAAAUCACUUAAAUGUAACUUAAGUCUCGAAUUUAAGUGCCAAUAUUUGAUUUUGUUAUUUUUUUAUAAUUGGGUUUUGUUGAAAGAUGCCAUUUUUUGUUUUUGGGUUUUGUUGCAAUGACUCAAGUCCGAAACACAAGUACCUAUUUCUUUAAUUUAUCUCUCUAAAUUGUUCUAACACCAAUAUUCAAAGUGAAUGAAAUUUUUAUUAUUUAUUUUAGGACAAUCUACAGUGUGUAUUGAUUAUGAUACUUGGUACUAAUUGCCUAUAGAGUUUAGGUUUGUGGGUUUUUUUUUUCAAUUUUAAAAUUUAUGAUUUAUGAUUAUAGUUUGAAUUUGAUUGAAUAUUUACAACUUUCACUCAAACUUCGUUCAUGUUUUGUGCUUAUCUGUUGUUGUGCAUUGCAUUGUUUGGUUAUUGCCUCCACUCUAUUCCUCAAGAAAUUUCGUCUUACAUCUUGUUCAUUAGAUACCCAUUUAAUCAAGAAUAUUUUUUUAAUAUCUAAUUUUUGUAAUUUUUUUAUGGGCAAUUAAAUAUGAGUCAAAAUAAGUGCACAAGAACCUAAAAAUAUGGAGUACAAUAGAUAUCGUAAAUUAGAGGACCUACUUAGUAGCGUUACAAUUGAUGGUUGUGUGUUAGCUAUGUCAUUUUAGUUUUCAUUUGAUUUUCAUUUUAGUGUUGCUCGUCAUGAUACUAUGACAUUUGUUUCCAUUUGGUAUGGGUUUGGAAAAUUUGAUGGCUGUGUGUUAGCUAUGUCAUUGUAAAAUAUUGAGUAUGAGUUUGGAGAAUUGGACAAAAUUUAAAUUGUGUGGAUGAUGGUUGUGUGUUAGCUCUUUCCUUUUUGAUUUGGAUCAUUCAUCUCAUAUAUUCCAAAUUUCUAUUUAAGCAAAAACACAGAAAACUAAAAAGUAGUUUCUUACUUUAUUCAUAAUCUUUCACCCCUUUUUAAUAUGUAAAUUCAACUAAUCAUUCCAAAGAUUGCGUUUUAUAAGAACAAAUUAAAUUCCUCCCUAUUAUAUCUUGAUCCCACUCAAGCUUAUAUGUUUCUGUUCUUGAGGUUCUCGGUAACUGACACAAGUUCAUUAUAUAACAAUUACCCCAGCUCGUUGUUGAAAAUGUUCUUGCUUUUAAUGAGGGUUUCUGGAUUCGUCUUGCUGCAAGGACCGAGACCUGCUAAUCAGAGGAUGAUAAAGCAUGAAAGAUUACGAAGAACUGGCAGCAACACUAAUGAGCACAGUGGACCGUCUUGUUCAUAAAAACAAUGAAAAAAUUGAAUCUACUACUGAAUUCUUAAAUCAAUUCUUAAACAUGCAAUGGAUGAAAAUCAAGAACUUACCUGGCCUCCAAGAGACCCUGAAGCUAUUAAUCGGAUGGAACAGAAGAUGAUGCUGAUGAUGAUGAAAAAUUUGAGCCCGAAAUUUCAAAACCAGCAAAGAAAGGACGAGGUAGAGCUGCAAACACAAGGUGAUACAGAAGGCAGCAACGACUUCACAUACGACAUACACAUCACAAGGUACAAUAAUUUAUGUAGAAUGUUGAAAAUUGUUGUUAAUAUAUCGAAGUAGAUGGAUGCAAGAGACCCUUAUUGAAUUGAAAUGAAUAGCAAUCUUUUGGAUAAACAGGUACAAUUCUUAUUUUAUAGGUUGCUUGAGUUUUGUAUCUUUAUUGUUAUUCUUAUCUAAACACCAAAUUAAAAGACAUAGUAUUAGUAGGUAUGCAAUGUUAUGUUAAAAUGUAUGAGUUUGUAAUUGGUGGCAGCUGCUGCAAAUGUAUAUUGUAUGGUCAAUGGUGUAUCUUCAAGUGCUUGCUUCUUCAUUUACUUCCUCAUUUAUACUACAAACUAAGUUUCUUUAUCUAUGCUUACUUAUUAAUUUUCCAUCAUGAAAGUAAACCCACAGAUACCAAUAUAUAUGACAGCAGAUAGAAACAAUAAGAUAAAAUCAACACAUUAACAGUACCAACGGCUCUUAAGUAUAGCAUCCUUGCUCAUGACCCAAAAAAAGGUUAUCUUAUAAUUUUACAACUUUUCUCUCUUCUAAAAGUUUAUCUUUCAACCUAAUUUUAUUAACAAUGACCUCUUUUAAAAGAUCAUUAUCCUCUCUUUCUUACUUUUUUCUACCCCACCAUAAUUUCUCUCCCUUAAUUUAUCUAACAUU